ACCACACCACCACGUGCAGGGAGGAGAGCCGCGCUAGUACGCCUUUUAUACAUUUUAUCGCAACAUAUCGGACGAUUCCGACCAGUCGAUACGUAACGAUCACAGUGAAAUGACUUCAAACGCGUUCUAUUCGUCGAAUACCGUCACGUGGGUGGUGGCGGUGAUUGGUGUCUACUGCCUCGUGUUUCGACCUGCGCUAGUUCAUGCACAACAAUCGCUCACACAAGCCGAUAUGGACGAGAUUGCCAAAGGAAUGAGAAAGGUGUGUAUAUCGAGACACAAAAUUUCCGAAGAAAUGGCCAACUAUCCCAGCCAGGGCAUUUUUCCCGACGAUCAAGAGUUCAAGUGUUACGUCGCAUGCCUAAUGGAUCUAACCCAAACAUCGAAAAAAGGAAAGCUCAACUACGAUGCAGCAGUGAAGCAGAUCGAGAUCCUUCCGGAAAAUUACCGGCAACCGUUCCGGCUGGGGCUUGACUCCUGCCGCACAGCAGCCGACGGUGCCGCGGAUCGCUGUGAAGUCGCGUACAUACUGCUGAAAUGUUUCUUCAAAGCGAGCCCCAAAUUUUUCUUCCCUUAAACUUGUAAACAACAACGCCUAAUUUUAUUAAGAAAGGUACCAUAAAAAAAAACAGUUUUGCUCGAACUUGUUUGAUUGUUUGAUGAUUUGGGGCGGUAAGCUGCAGGCCGGGACAAGUGCAAUUUGACAUUGAAAAUCAGCAAAUAAUGCACCUGUCACGUCCUACAUCCGGAGCCCUAAGAUUUCUGUUCUCUUUAAGGUUUUUGAAUCAAAUUUGCCUAAAAAAAAGACUAAUCUAUUUGUAUUUGCACGUUAA